AUGACUCAGCAGCUUGGACUGACACGUCACGAGCAUAAGAUGCCAAAACAUUUGGAAAAUAUGCUUGAAGAGAACGAGAAACCGAACUUUGCUCAUAUGGUUCAGUAUUACUAUCAUGCGGCUGCAUGUUUAAUGGAACCGAAUUUAGUGAAGGAGUUGGAGAAAAAGUAUCCGAGGGCAGAUAAUAAAUGGCGUCAGGGUCGCGUUGCCGCCAUACUCAAGUUUAUCGGUGUAGUGUCGUGUUGCAUAGAAGUUACAUUUCCUUUAUAUAAAACUGAUGGGACUUAUGAACUAAUAACCGGUUAUCGAGCACAUCAUUGCAGGCAUAGAUCGCCCGUUAAAGGAGGUAUCCGUUACGCUAUGGAUGUUGACCAGGAUGAGGUUAAGGGUUUAGCAUAUUUAAUGACUUUUAAGUGCGCAUGCGUAAAUGUACCGUUCGGUGGAGCGAAAGGCGGUGUACGCAUCGAUGUAAAAAAGUAUCAAGAUAAAGACUUGCAAAUGAUAACGAGACGUUACACGAUGGAAUUGUUAAAGAAAAAUAUGCUUGGUCCCGGAAUUGAUGUGCCAGCACCUGAUGUGAAUACUGGUCAAAGAGAAAUGUCUUGGCUGGUCGAUCAAUAUUUGAAAACUUAUGGACACAACGAUAUCAAUGCUUUGGCUAUAACUACUGGUAAACCAGUACACUUUGGCGGUAUACAUGGACGUACCACGGCAACUGGACGUGGAGUAUGGAAAAGUGGUGAUGUGUUUGUUCAAGAUCAAAAUUGGAUGGAACUAUUGAAAAUGAAAGCAGGCUGGAAGGAUAAGACUGUAAUAUGCCAGGGUUUUGGAAAUGUUGGCUCCUGGGCUUCAAAAUUUGCAGUCGAAGCUGGCGCAAAGUUAAUUGGUGUACAAGAAAUCGAUUGCUCGUUGGUCAAUGAGCAAGGAAUAAAUCCGGACGAAUUAAUGCUAUACAUGGAGGAGAAAAAGACGAUUAAAGGUUUUCCGAAUGCUACCGAAAAAGAGGGCAGCUUAUUAGGAGAGAAGUGUGAUAUCUUAAUGCCUUGUGCAACCCAGAUGGUACUUACUAAGGAGAAUGCAGAAAAAGUUCAAGCAAAAAUUUUAUUAGAAGGAGCCAAUGGACCCGUUACACCGGCUGCCGACCAGAUUUUACGAAAAAAAAACGUACUCAUGAUACCGGAUAUGUAUUGUAAUGCCGGUGGUGUGACUGUUUCAUAUUUUGAAUUUCUAAAAAAUCUCAACCAUGUCUCUUACGGCAAAAUGACCGCUAAACGAGAAUCGAGCAUGAUCCAUGAGAUACUCGAGUCCAUUAGUCAAUCGUUAAAACAAACAGUUGAACCGACAAAAAAUCUAGAAAGUUUACGCGAUUGCCAUUCGGAAGCCGCUAUUGUUGAUUACGGUCUACAGACUGUUAUGGAAGGGGCCGGUCAAGGUAUUAAAGAGACAUCCAAUGAAUAUUCGCUAUGCAACGAUUUGCGAACAGCUGCAAAUGUUUUUUCAAUUAAUAAAAUUUUUACCUAUCUCGAGAGUUCGAGUAUUUCCCAAUAA